UAAUGCGCCUCUGCAGACAACAAAGUAGCGAUGACGAGGAGGACGCAGCGGAUGAAGUGGGCGAACGAACACGCAACUACCAAAUCUUCGCCAUUUCCACAAGCCAUCCUCUAAAUCUACCGCCGUUCUCGCUUCACCUGCUCGAUCCACCCUCUCAUUCUCUCUCGAUCCAUCCUCUUUUUAUCAGCAUUGUUCACGUCUUCAGCUUUCGCUGAGGCUUUGAGGAAUCGGUCAGUGCGAUCGCGUUCGAAUGAGGCGAGAUUCUUAGCUGGAUAUUUGGCUUCGUCCCUCAAGGCCUCAAAGACGUUUUAUUUCCACAAACUAAUACAAGAUACCGAAGAAAAGGAUUAGCUGUCAGAGAAAUGAGUAUUAAUAAUACACAGAUGGAUGUUCAUUAUAUAAAUACUGGAUUUCCUUACACUGUCACUGAAAGCUUUAUGGAUUUGUUUGAGGGCCUUACAUAUGCUCAGGCUGAUGCUGCCCUUUCAGAAACUUUGCAUGACCAGGGAAACACAUACUGGUCAAUGAUGUACACAAAUGCAUAUAAAUAUGGAUUUCCUGGCUCUUCCAUUGAUUCAUAUUAUGAUUUUGGGCACUUUGAGGUUGCUGAUUAUGCCCAAAGAUCAGGUGAAAGGAGAGAAUGGGACAACCCUCUAGUUCUGAACAAUUUUGACUCACAACAAACACAACACAAUGAAUAUGCUCAUGAAAGUCAAAAUCAUGGUGCCGAGGAGUGCAUUCAAGUGCAGCAAAAUGCUAAUAGUUCUCAGGUCAUAUGGGAAGACCAUGUUGAUCCUGAUAGUAUGACUUACGAGGAAUUACUCGAGUUGGGUGAGACAGUUGGAACACAAAACCGAGGUCUUACACAAGAACGAAUUGCUUCACUUCCUAUCACAAAGUACAAAUGUAGUUUCUUUUCUAGGAAGAAAACUCAACGUGAGAGAUGCGUGGUUUGCCAGAUGGAAUACAAGAGAGGAGAUCGUCAAAUGAUUCUUCCAUGCAAGCAUGUAUACCAUCCUGUGUGUGUAUCUAGAUGGCUUAGCAUAAACAAGGCAUGUCCAAUAUGCUCUGUUGAGGUAAGGUAAGGAACCUCAAAGUUAAUGAUUUCUUAGCAGGUUGGCUAGAAGAUUUGUGUAGCAUUAUCAUCACAAUUGCCUUCUUUUUCUUCCUAUUGAUUCUGUGUCCUCACAGUGAUUGGUCUUAUCGUUGUGUUCAUCUUUGUAUCCAUUGCACCAAGUACAAAUAUGAUUGUAGAUUUCAAACAAGAAGAUUUGAUACUAUUAUUUCUCGACAAUCUUUUUUA